AGUUUUGACACAUUUGUAGGCAAUAUCAGUAUAAGUAUUUUGUGCUCCUCAAUGAAAUCUAAUCGCAUUUUUUCAAACUCGUUAUCACAGAAGCACAACAAGGCAAUCUAAACACACACACACAGACAGUGCAUACGCCCCAAAUUGUACGCCCGCAUGAACUACAUAAACGGAGAAUUACAGAUGCAUCUCUGAGAGCUGAACUACAUAGAGCAGGAGAGAGCGAUCGAACGAGAGAGUUAAAAUGAUCAUUCGGCUGCACAGUGGGACGGACGUGUCUAACGAAAGCUGACUGACCUUCGGCUAGAUAUUCCCUCCCCCUCCACCCCAUUAUCGAUUGCACACAUUCGCAACGCUACGCUAAACGAUAAACGGACAAGCAGCACAAAAGGGUUCAUAAUAGCAUUAGACAACAAAAACACAGCACAAUCAAAACUAUGCAAACACACAUCAGCUGAGCAAUAUUUUCAUUCCUAAUGUGCGAGAGGAGCACUGACUGUGUCUCUGUCUGGCAGCCAUUUAAAUAACAUUCGUAUCAAUUCGCAUCACGCAUAUUAAACGGACAGUGCUCGCUUUGUCAGUCUCGUUUGUGAUCUCGAUCUCGCUAAAGCUCUCGGUGUUUGCAGUGAGCUUCCGCUGCUAAACAAAUUGUUUUUUAUAAACGACGCGACGUUCAUUGAACCUACAGUGCUAAAAUUCAAGGCUCUCCUUGAUACAAACUUGCUUUGGAGCACUUAAACAGCAAAAACAAAAACUAAAACAAAAAACAAAAGCUAAAGAAACUUGCGCAAAAUUCAAGCAAUUUAAGAAUAAAAAAACACCUAUAUAUAGAAUAUAUAUAGAGAACAAGAAAUAUAUAGAAAACAAGCUACUCGUAUAAGUCAAACGCAAUAAACAAAACGAAAAUGAGGAAACAAAAAGACGAUAUGCAGGUCAAUGUCGCCGGUCUACGAAGAAACAUCAAGAAUCUCGCGCACAACUAUUCGGAUGCACAGGUUAAGGUGCGCGAGGCCACGUCCAAUGAUCCAUGGGGGCCAUCGGCCACAAUAAUGGCCGAAAUAGCCGAUCUAACGUACAAUGUGGUUGCCUUUUCGGAGAUAAUGCAAAUGAUAUGGAAGCGUUUGAACGAUCACGGCAAGAACUGGCGUCAUGUCUACAAGGCUCUCAUUCUGCUGGAGUAUUUGAUCAAAACUGGCACCGAGAAAGUCGCUCAACAGUGCAAGGAGAACAUUUUUGCCAUUCAAACGUUGCGUGAGUUUGUCUACUUUGAGGAGGGCAAGGAUCAGGGUACGCAUGUCCGUGAGAAGGCAAAGCAGUUGGUCAAUCUGCUCAAGGACGAUGAGCGGCUAAAGAAUGAGCGUGUGAAGGCUCUGAAAGCCAAAGAACGAUUCGCACUGCAUCCGAGCGGAUUUGGCAGCGAUGGUUAUAUCGAUGGGCCAUCACAACGCGAUAUGCCGCCGGGUUGGCAAGAGGAGCCGCCCAAAAAUGCCUCGGAACUGGAAAUGGUGCGACCACAAACUGCCGGCGAGGAGGAGCUACAGCUGCAGCUGGCUAUGGCCAUGUCGCGGGAGGAGGCCGAGCAGGAAGAGGCCAAAAGGCGCAGCGACGAUGUGCGUCUUCAGCUAGCACUCAGCCAGAGUGAGCAGGACUUUAAGGGACAAAAUGGACGCCCUAUUCCGGCGCCCAAAAAAGAGGAGCAACAGAGCCAUUUGCUUGAUCUGCUGGAUAUCUCGCUGGGCGCGACUAGCAUUUCAAGUCCCCCUCUGGGCGCUGCUGGAGGUGCCGCUGUUGUUGAUCCUUGGGCUGCGCCUGCUGGUCGUGCGGCUAGUCAACUCUCAGAUCCUUGGGCGGGCAAUGCUUCACCACAGGUUGAUCCCUGGCAUCCCUCUGCAGCACCGCGAACAAUCAUGAGUGCUGGCGUGCCUUUGGGCGCUGCAGCUCAGGCUCCUUUAGGUACUCCCAACGAUGCCUGGGGCCUGCGCACACAGUCACCUUCCGUGGCAUCUGGUUCCUCCAAUGAGGGCUGGUUGCAAACCAAUGGCAAUGCCAGCGCCAACCAAAAUGGUGCCAGAGCAGCCGCUCCUGCUCCAGGCGAUGCCUGGUUGACCAAAUCAACAGCAGGCGUUGGUUUGGCAACGGCACCACCUCCACAAAGAGUGGCCACCAAUGGCAGUUCAGCGGAUCCUUGGCUCUCUGAGACGCAGCCCGCAGUUGCAGCCGCAGCAGCAGCGCCAGCAGCUCCAGCGGAUCCGUGGGCGGCAUCACAAGCAAGCACAGCAGCACUAGAUGAUCCCUGGAAGGCAAUGCAUACAGGCGCCAUUAAGAAACAAUCACCCGACUUCGAUGAGUUUGAUUUGAUUACCAAUCGCAACAAAAGUGGCGAACACAAUAAUUCCAAUGCCUCCAAUAACAACAACUCUUCACUGCUCGAUGAUAUGGAUCCGCUUUCGACAAAUUAUGGCAACGGAAGCUCAGUGCAUCCAUCGACGGGUGCCACGGCCAAGAAACCGCUCAAAGAUCCACACUCAUUCCUUGGCGAGAACUCGGCUCUGGUUAAUUUGGAUAAUCUAAUUAAGCCAAUUGCGCCACAGACUCAAUCGGGACUUGCACCAGCCUACAAUCCAUUUGCGGACAAUGUGAUGCCACCUAAAACGAAUCUAUUCCAGCAACAGCAGCCAGCCGUGCCGUCCAUCAAUCAGUUGAAACAACAGCCGCCCUUUGCAGUCAACAUGAACCAGGAUCCCUGGGCGCCGGUUAGCGGCGGUGUCGGCGCAGCCUCUCAGUCCAAUAACAACAAUAGCAACAUCAAUGUGAACAACAACAACAACAACAUGAUGUAUAGUUCCUUUGGGCAGAACUAUUACAGUCCAAGCAUUGACAGCAUACGCAACAUGGAUAUCUUGAGUGAGACGCCACAACGUUCCUAUUUCCCGAGUCCCUCGGCGCCCUCUGGGUCCUACAAUAACUACAGCACUCCUGGUUAUUCAAGUUACACUCAGCGUUAUAGCAGUGCUCUUUCCGAAUCUCUAGCCGAGACUCCAGGCAUCAGCAUUUCCCCAUUGACCUAUGACAACUAUGGCAACUCAGGUGCCUCGACAGUUGGACAUCAUUGCAAGGUGGAACAAAAUAACAACAUGCCGUGGAUAAAGCCGGAGGCAACCGCAACAAAUCCGUUUCUUUCCUAAAUGAAGGAGUCAUUCAAUCAAUCAAUCAAUCAAUCAGCAGUAACUGAACAGCAGCUAAAUAAGCAACAACAACAACAACAUAUUGUCUGGGUGUCUGAAGAACAACAACAGCAACAGAAGCAGCAGCAACUAAUGCGAUAAUAUGAAUUAAUUGAUUAACUAAAUUAUAUGUAAGAAAGUAUUAUUAAACUGUAAAAUAUGUGAUGUGUUGUACGCUGUAAGAAGAGAGAAACAGAGAAUCCAACAACAACAGCAGCCGCAACAACAACACGAUAUUAGCUCUGAUUUAUGUGCAAUUUUGUGGCUACAACAGUUAAUCGAAAGUUUUCUUUGACUUUUAGCAUAUUUGUAACAGCUCUAUAAUUAAUAUGCUACACGGCAAAACUCCAAAUGUAUAAAUAUUUAUAACAAUAAUACUAUUAACAAUAAUACAAGAGUCUAAACAGCACUGAGGGUCUGCAGCCUAGACUCAACCGAAAAUGGAAACUGCAUUCAAGUUGAGUCAAUUCAGAUUGGAUUUCCAAAAUUGGCAGCCUAUAAUUAACUUAUUUCAUAGCUGUAAAAUGUUGUUGUCAAGCGAAAGAUCUAAACCAAAAACAAAAACAUAAAUGAGAGAUCAGUUUAUUGAAAGCGAUUCAAUUGUAUAU